GGGGAGAGCCUGGGGCGGCUGCCGCUGCUGCUGCUGCUGCUGUGUGGCUGUGCCUUUACGCUCACUGGCAGGCUCCGUGCCGGCUCCCUCGCCCGCCCGCCCGCUGCCAGCCUGGAAAGUGGGUUACAGAGCGAAGGAGCUCUGCUCAGACGCUGGCGGAGGAGCAGCCAGCGGGACCGGCAGGAACCCCCUCCUUCGCUUUCUCUUCAUCUUUGCUAGAGGAUUUUAUGUUUGUUGGUUCUCACUCUCUCUCCUUCUCUCUCCUUUGACUUUUCCCCCUCCUGCUUUGGUUUGAUGAGGGCUUUGUUAAGUCUUAGAGGGAAAAGCGCCUGAGCCAGGCAAAGAGAGAGGCAAAGUGGAAAGGACCGCAAACUGGCAGCGCCCGCUCUGCCCUCGGCGUGGACGCGAGCCCCCCGUUGGUAAAGCCCGGUCCUCCGCGAGCUGCGCGCACGCCCCUCCGGAGUGCGCGGCCACCAUGGUCGGGAGAGUUCAGCCGGAGCGGAAACAGUUGCCGCUGGUCCUACUGAGAUUGCUCUGCCUUCUCCCCACAGGACUGCCUGUUCGCAGCGUGGAUUUUAACCGAGGCACGGACAACAUCACCGUGAGGCAGGGGGACACAGCCAUCCUCAGGUGUGUGGUAGAAGACAAGAACUCGAAGGUGGCCUGGUUGAACCGUUCUGGCAUCAUUUUCGCUGGGCAUGACAAGUGGUCUCUGGACCCCCGGGUUGAGCUGGAGAAACGUCAUUCCCUGGAAUAUAGCCUCCGAAUCCAGAAGGUGGAUGUUUAUGAUGAAGGUUCCUACACGUGCUCAGUUCAGACACAGCAUGAGCCCAAGACCUCCCAAGUUUACUUGAUUGUGCAAGUCCCACCAAAGAUCUCCAACAUCUCCUCGGAUGUCACUGUGAAUGAGGGCAGCAAUGUGACCCUGGUGUGCAUGGCCAAUGGCCGUCCUGAACCUGUUAUCACCUGGAGACACCUUACACCAACUGGAAGAGAAUUUGAAGGAGAAGAAGAAUAUCUGGAGAUCCUCGGCAUCACCAGGGAACAGUCAGGCAAAUAUGAGUGCAAAGCUGCCAACGAGGUCUCCUCAGCGGAUGUCAAGCAAGUCAAGGUCACUGUGAACUAUCCUCCCACUAUCACAGAAUCCAAGAGCAACGAAGCCACCACAGGGAGACAGGCUUCACUCAAAUGCGAGGCCUCAGCAGUACCUGCCCCUGACUUUGAGUGGUACCGCGAUGAUACCAGGAUAAACAGUGCCAAUGGCCUUGAGAUUAGGAGCACGGAGGGCCAGUCCUCCCUGACGGUGACCAACGUCACUGAGGAGCACUAUGGCAACUAUACCUGCGUGGCUGCCAACAAGCUGGGAGUCACCAAUGCCAGCCUAGUCCUUUUCAGACCUGGGUCGGUGAGAGGAAUAAAUGGAUCCAUCAGUCUGGCCGUACCACUGUGGCUGCUGGCAGCAUCUCUGCUCUGCCUUCUCAGCAAAUGUUAAUAGAAUAAAAAGUUAAAAAUAAUCACAAAAA